AUGGCGAUCCCGAUCUUCCCGCUCCUCGAGAAGGCCGACGUGCUGAUCGGCGUGCUCUUCGCGGCGAAGGCCGCCUUCCAGAUCCUCUCUUCGCCGCUGGCCGCGCGGCUGGUCGACCGCCGUCCGAGGGAGAUGAUCGCCCUCGGGCUGGCCCUGGAGGCCGGCACCGUGCUGCUGUUCGCCACCGCGUUCAGCUACCCCGUGUGGCUGGCGGCCCGCGCCCUGUCCGGCGUGACCUCCUCUCUGAUCAUCUCGGCGGGCUUCGCCCACCUCAACGGGCGCUUCAGCGACGGCGACCAGCGGGCGGUGGCCAUGGGGCUGGCGACCACGGGCAUCGUCGGCGGCGUCUGCCUGGGCCCCGUGUUGGGCGGCACCCUGUACCAGGCGCGACCGGCGCUGCCUUUCGCGCUGCUGGCGGCGGCGGAGCUGGCGGUCGCCCUGCUGGCGUGGAGGUGCCUCCCUGGGCUCGAGGGGGCACCCGCGGCCGCUGGCGGUGAGGCCGGCCUGGGGACCAUGGCGCGCAGUCCAGAGGUGCUCCGGCCCCUUGGCGCGCUGGCGGCCGCGAACGCGGCGAUCUCGUGCCUCGAGAGCACCGUGGCGCGCCACCUCCGCGAGGCCUUCGGGCUGUCCGCCGGGCAGGUCGGCGCGGCCUUCCUUCUCGUGUCGGGGCCCUCCUGCCUCCUCUCCGGUGCCGCGGGGCCGCUCGGCAACCGGCUGGGCCGCGCGCGGCUGGUGCGGGCGGGCCUGCUCCUGCAGGGCCUGUCCACCAUGCUGGGGCCGAAGAGCUGGCUUUGGGUGAACCUUGUGUCGUUCGUGGGCAUCGGAGCCGGCAUGGGGGCCAUCGACGGCGCCACACCCUCGCUGCUGGGGGAGGUCGCGAGCGAACGCUUCGGCGGUUCGGGCAAGAUCUUCGUGCUGUCCAACGUGGCCGUGCAGCUCGGGUUUGUCGUUGGCCCAAUCCUGGGCAAUAGCAUCGUCGGCGUUUACGGCUUCGGCGUGUGCAGUGUGGCAGCCGGGGCUGCCCUCGUGGUUUAUGCUCCAAUCAUCCGACGUAUGAGCCCGAGUUCGAAAAGCAGCCAUCAGACUAAGAAUGCUAUCCUUGAAUCUGCAUGCCACUGA